AUGACAACUGACCAUGGUGAUAUUAGACGAAGCCAUGGUAGUGAUAGUGAUCAGGAAGUCAAUGUGUUUUUGGCUGUCCGCGGUACAGGGAUUGAACCGGGCUCAAAGAUCGAGAGUGAAGUGAUCAACAUGGACUGUGCAGCUCUUAUCCUCGAAGCAUUAGGAAAAGAGACACCUGAAUGGUUUGAUGCCAAAUUUUCUUUAUUGGGCGUAUAUCUUAAUAAAGUCAGAAUAAACAAUGCUCUUGAACUUUAA